CCUACUAAUUAAGGACUCGGAAUGAGGCGGUGUAUCAAAGCAUGUACAUGUUGCCAUUUUGGGUAAGUGAGUUACUUGCUUUCCACGUUGCCACCGCGCGCGGGUCUGACUCUGCUUCAGCCACCUCCUCCAGUCAUGUCGGCGAACUUGAAGGACAGCCUGCUCGACCUGUUCGAAGGCAAGAUAGAUUUCGAGGGGCAGAAACUCGCUGAGGACAUCACCAAGUUCACCUUGAUUGCAGCGGCGGUGUUUGCGUUCAUAGUUGGAGCUCUCUUCCAGUCUCUGCGCGUCACUCUCGGUAUCUUCGGGGUCGCCUCGGUCGUUCUCUGCCUGGUUGUCUUACCUCCAUGGCCCAUGUACAAUCGACACCCUGUACAAUGGCUUCCAACGAAAGAGUCGGAACCUUCGUCAUAAUGCAUGGUAUCGGUUCGCCUUGUCGGGUAUAGAUGU